CUACAAAACAGCCGUAAACGUAAACAUAAUAUUUUUAUUAGAAAUUAAUUAAUCUUAUGGUUUUUACUGAGUUACCAAAACCAUAACAUGUAUUAUAUAAUCAUACGGCAACAAACCGAAAACGAUACCCCACAAGUAUCAGAAAUUAUCAGGAAAGCCUAUGCAUCAAACAUAAAAGACAUGUUUAUAGGAACUCUAUUACAUGAAGCCACCCUACAAAUAACAAUUAUAUUUAUAGCAGUUUUAUUCAUAUUCUUCCAAGUUCAUCUAAUAAACUGUAUUCUAAUGGUACCAUUGGUAAUGGUUGCAAUAUACAUGUUUAUAUAUGCCACAGUUACCAUGAAAUCUGCCCAAAUAAUGUAUGAAAAAAAACCCUUGACGGCAUGGGUGGCUGAAUCCUAUGAGCCAUAUUUUCACAAUAAAGAUCCAAGGUCUUGUUGGUAUAAGAUCAUUAAUGAAGCUGAGUUACUUGAGAUGAAUGAAAAGCCUACAGGUCGAAAAAAGAUUAUUGGCACUGUAGCAGUCAUGAAGCACAAUUUGCAGCCUAAAUGGGGAUGGAUAUACAGAUUGGGAGUUGAUAAAAAUUACAGGAGAAAAGGUGUAGCAUCACAUUUAUUGAAAUUUGUAGAGGAUUGGUGUAAAGACAAUCAAAUUGAGAGAGUUGAACUUGCAAUGUCUGAAUAUAAUAGGGGCACUAGGCAGCUCUUUGAUGAAGCAGGCUUUCAAAUUAAACAAUUGUACCACAAGAAGCAGUUAGGUGGAUUAUAUUUACUACAAAUGUACCAUUUAACGUCUGAUAUUACACAGGCCUUUGGUGCAAUUAGCUGAUAAAUGCAGAUAUUAAUAAGGUUACAAAUAUUUAACUCAAUUAGAGCCUAACAAACUGCCAAAUCAUUCUAAUUUUAUGUAAUUUGUUAUUGUAUGAA